AGGUAUUGUCUAGGUACAGUGCCCCUCUUCGCUGAUUGGUCGGAGCCACCCCUGAAGGCACCGUCGCUGGGAAAGUGGGCGGGGACUGUUGUCAACGUGACAGUCCUGAAGUAACGUUAGCUGGGGACAGAGAGGAGCGGGCAGUCGGGCGGAGGAGGCAGGCUGAGCGUCAGAAUUGAGGAAAUAUGGGAAUAACUUCCCACCGAUCUGCUUUGUUUUGGCGCACAUCCAUGCCGUAGUCUAGGAGAACCAUCCGUCCACAGUGUCUGGUUCUCCGGCUGACAGAGGAUCCACCGCAGCUAGCCAGGUUAGCAGCCCGCCGUCACCGUGAGGCGUCCGACCGGCAGAGGAGAGCUGAGGAGGGGCUGUGACAAAGGAAGGAGCCAUGAACCGCUUCAGAAAGUGGCUUUAUAAACCGAAGAGGACGGACCCGCAGCUCCUGGCCCAGUUCUACUACGCUGACGAAGAGCUUAACCAGGUGGCCACUGAGCUGGACAGCCUGGACGGCAGGAAGGACCCUCAGAGAUGCACUCUGCUGGUCAACCAGUUCCGGUCCUGUCAGGACAAUGUGUUGAACAUCAUCAGUCAGAUCAUGGAUGAAUGUAUUCCCAACGACCGGGCCAACAGAGACUUCUGUGUCAAGUUCCCUGAGGAAAUUCGCCAUGACAACCUGGCGGGGCAGCUGUGGUUCGGAGCUGAGUGUUUGGCUGCAGGCUCCAUCAUCAUGAACAGGGAGAUAGAGAGCAUCGCCAUGAGACCCCUGGCUAAAGACCUGACCCGCAGCCUGGAAGAGGUGCGCAGCAUCACCAGAGACCAGGCCCUGCGAGACCUCAACCUGUACACAGACCGCAUGAAGGACGCAUUACGACAUUUUGACAGCCUUUUCGCUGAGUUUGAGCUCAGCUACGUGUCAGCCAUGGUGCCUGUGAAAAGUCCCAAAGAAUAUGACGUGCAGCAGGAUGUGAUUGUCCUCUUCUGUGAAACUGUGGAAAGGGCCCUCCGGCUUGGCUACCUCACACAGGACAUGAUCGAUGACUACGAACCUGCUCUGAUGUUUACGAUUCCCAGACUGGCUAUUGUUUGCGGACUGGUCGUGUAUCCUGAGGGACCUCUUAACCUCGACCGGAAGUCUGAGAACAUGUCAGAGCUCUUCAGGCCUUUCCGCACUUUGCUGAAGAAAAUCAGGGAUCUCCUGCAAACUCUGACUGAGGAGGAGCUGCUGACUCUGGAGAAGAACCUGUGCAUCUCUCAGGACGGAGAGUUGUCGACAGGCCAGGGUCUGGCCUCAAACGGCAUUCCGGCUCCGGUCCAGGAGAAUCCCUCUCCCAGCUGCCUCGCUAAUGAUAUCUCCGAGGAGCAGGAUGGGGGUGAAGAGGAGCCGCUCCCUGUGUUUGCCUGUCCUGAUCAGGAGGAGGAGUCGGCAGAGGUGGAACAAGGUUGGGAGGAGGUGGAAACCCAAAGUGAUGAGGAGGAGCAGGAGCAGGGCCUCCUCUGUGAGGAGGCAGAGGAGGCGGAGCUGGCCUGCUCCAUGCAGUACGAUGAGGAGGAACUGGAGCAGCUCAACAUGAUGGUGUACAGAGUAGGAGACGAAAUGUCCACUCUGCUGUCCCCUCCCAGCCUGGGCCAGUCCCCGGCCCACCGUCCCAGUAGAGGAGAGCCCCCAGGCUCCAGGGGUGCAUCCAGCACUGAAGCUUCUCCACGCAGGAUACAGGGGAACCAGGGAAGGACAGGUGUUUAUGUGGAGGAGGAGGAUCGCGUUUUCUUCAUGGAGGAUCUUGAUGCAGCAGGAGAUAGCAUCAGCAGCAUCUCCAGAGAUGCCUGCAGCUGUGUCAUCUCUACUUCUAAAGGAUCUGCGCCUCCCCUGCAGCAGAAACCUGGACCCCGACCAGGUUCUGGCAUCAAUGGAUGGAGCUUUGAGACCACAUCGGAGCAGCCCUGUCCACAGCCACGCAGCCUGAACAGUCCCUGUCCCGUGGCAAAGCGCCCCCUCUGCACCCCUGCUCGUGGCUCUGAGCCUCUACCUUACAGCAAUGGCUGGGACAGGGGGUUAGAGGGCACGGCGUCUGAAACGGCGGAGGUCAUCGCCCACCGCAUGGGAGGGAUGAAGCUGUCUGCCACCGUCAUCUUCAACCCUCGCUCUCCCAGCCUAACAGAGCUGGCAGUGGACAAGCUGCUGCUACCUCGGCCUGCUCCUACUGAGAUCGAGCCCUGUGGCCCCCUAGUGGCCACUCAUUGUCUGCUGAACUCUUGUGUCUGCUGUGGGAGCUGCGAGGAUGCUCACGAUGACAGCAUCACAGCAGAGACUGCUGGACUGGAACUGGGCCUGGCUUUGGGUCUGGACAAACACUGCAAGACCCCAGCCUCCAGCGCUGUCAUCCAGUCCGCCGCCUGCCACCUACCGCCCUGCGGCCACCAACGGUUCAGUAAAGGUGAGCUUUCUCAGCAGACUCCCCCGUCCUCUCGUUGCUCUGCAGAGCCUCAAGCAGAGGACUUUGAUUCGCUGCUCUGUGAGAAGUGCCUGGUGGCUCCAGGACGGGGGCCUCUGUCUCAGGACUGCAGCUCCAGAGGAGGCCAGGAAGCCUCCACGUGCGUCCACCAACUGAGUACUGACAGGAGGCCGCAAGCCAUCGGAGUCCGGCAGAGGGAUAAAGACAUGGAGAAUGACAGGCUAGAAAAUAAGAAUUUAAAGGUGGACCCCAAAGAGGACAGCAGGAGGUACUCCAGUUUUCAGAAGUCCCCCCUCAGCUCUGUGUCAGGUAGUGACAGCGACAGCGUGUCGGUCACCACAUGUAGUCUGUCAAGCAGUGCUUACACUCCAAGCCCCGUCAGCAGCCUGACUCCAAGCUCGGGGACUUCAGAUGACCUGGACCAGCAGGAGACCAGGCUGGCCCUGCAGGAUGCCAAGGUGGCAGUGAGGAACAAGAUCCGGUCCCGGUUUCACAGCAGCAGUGACCUCAUCCACCGUCUCUUUGUUUGCAUAUCAGGUGUUGCUGAUCAGCUGCAGACCAACUAUGCCAGUGACCUCCGAAGUAUCCUCAAGACUCUUUUUGAAGUUAUGGCGACAAAGUGCGAGCAAGGAGACAACGAUAAGCAAAAAAAGGUCCCUGUUCUGCGCAGUGCAGUGCUGGAGGAUUGCGCUCUCUGUCAGGAGACUAUUUCAUCAUCAGAACUGGCAGCCAAAGCCCGGGAGGGACAGUUCGAAGACCCUCCAGACUGGGUACCCGAUGAUGCCUGCAACUCCUGCAUUGCCUGCAAAGCUCCCUUCACCGUCAUCCGCAGGAAGCACCACUGUAGGAGCUGUGGAAAGAUCUUCUGCUCCCGCUGCUCAUCUCAUUCGGCUCCGUUACCUCGGUACGGCCAGGUGAAGCCUGUCAGGGUCUGCACCCACUGCUACAUGUUUCAUGUCACGCCUUUCUACAGCGACAAGCCCGCCAUCUGAUCCCAGAUCAGUACCAAAAGCACACAGUCUGAUCCAAGAACAUAUGCAAUGGACAGAUUCACUCCACAGUGCUGCAGAAAGACCUUAAAGGUCAUGAUUGUACUUGCUGACCACAGCUGCAGGGUAAGGCCGUUAAAAUGGGGCAGCAGAAAGUCCAGGCAAGAAGCUCCCAUCUGUUUAUAGGAACGCUGAAGUGUCAGCAUGUUUGUGAUCAGCGGCAUCCUGUUUGAAAGUCGAGACGUUCAAAGCCAGCAGCGACGCUCUGCAGUGGUUUGCUUUACAGAAUCAGAACACUUUUCCCUUUCUGCAGGUGUGAACAAUGAAGUUUUCUGUUUGCUGCUUGCUUCAGUGGGCUUCCCACAUCUUUCCCGGCGCUCCCACAGAACGCAGAUCAAUCGGAGGAAUGUAAGUCAGAACUCCGUGUAAAUAACAAUAAUUCUGUCUAUAAGCAUUGGAGCUACUGAACAAAUUCUGCAGGCUGAAGCUGAAACACAUUGAAACAAACAAACAAACUGAUGCACACUAACUUUGUAUCAGUUUGGGAGAGGAUGUCUGGAUCAUUAGUUUGCUUUGAGUUUGCUGUGUGGCUCAAGUGCAGCAGAGAUGCAUUCCUUCCCUGCUGUCAGCGUUUGACCUUUUGGAGCUCAGUCUCUUGCCAGUGCCCUGAUGGAGCACUCUCAGGUCCUGCCGCACAGGAAAGCAGGGCUGAUGUUGCCCACUCUUCUUUUCUUCCUCAAUAAGGUUUGUGUGAAAUAUUGUUACUUGCAAUGCUUCUGCACCCUGAUGAGACAGGCCGCUGAUAUUUUUGUUGCAGAUGUUUUCUUAAGAACAACUUCGGAUCGGUUUUUUCUGGGUAAACGGUUGUGUUCAAAAUAACAGCAGCCCGACAUCACCAACCAGUUCAGUCACAGUUUCUGGUAGAAAUUAUAUUCCUCCACAGCCAAUAAUUUACUGCUAAGUGUAGUAGAGUAAAAGUAAACCAUCAGACAUUAACACACGGUGCGGAUUCUGUGUAGUCGGAUCAUUAUAUGUUCAAAAUACCAUCAGCAUGAAAUUCUGUUGAACCGGAGGUAUAACGGGUAUCUCGUUUAAGGAAGAAGUCAGUCUCUUAAGACGACAAUUUUUACCAGCCCGGAAAACCUAAUUUGCUCUCCAGUAGCAGUGCCCGGUUGUCCCUCUUUUCUGCUCGUCCUCCAGAGCGUCGGACAGGAAGUUGGUUGACGUAUCUUUGCAACCCCCCCGUACCGGUUCACAGGUGCCACAAGUUGGUCGACUCCAUGCAAGCACAGCUGUGAAGCAGUUCUCAGAAACAGUGCUUAUACAGCUUUAUAUUCAUUCAGAGAGUCACAGGAAAAAUGUCAUCUUUGAGCAGUUUUCAGUUUAUGCAGGAAAUGUUCAGUGUUCCUCACUUUCUGUUGACUGAAAACAGAUUUGAUACAUUUUUCUUUAUGUUUUGAUUAGGGCAAUAAUCCUAAUCGAUCUUCCUGUAUGGAAAUAAAACCUUUUUUUGCUCAUUUUUAAGUACACCGCUACUAUUUUGGACACAACUGUAUAUUGUCUCAGCCUGACAGUUAUCUCCUCUCUGCUGCCACCGCAGCAAUAGAAACCAUCUUCCAGGCAGAUGAGACGUUUGUCAGAUAAAACCGCAGAUAUGAGCCUCCGAUUAACACUAAUGAGACGUUUUUAAUUCCUCCGUUCUGUUCUGACUUGAAGCAUCUUCUCAGGCUUUAAAUGUUCAGAAUCACCCAGUGAUCCUCAUUGCAUCUAAAAACACGCAGGCUUAUUCUGAAACACUAUUUUUCUUUUAUAAAGAAUGCAGAUAACAUGGAGCUGUAAUUACCUUAAUGUAAAGAAAAAGAAUCAUACUGUAGGCCUAGUGAAGGGUGGGUUAUUCUUUUAUUAUUAUUAUUUCAGAGCUUUGUCCUUUUUUGUAAAAACAAUUCAUUUCCAUAAGAGCUGUGUAAAAUAUUCAACAGAUAAUGUUAUAUAGUUUUAAAUGGGAUGUAUAUUGAAAUAAAUAACUUUUCUGUUUGA